UGGACGAUUACAAAAAUAAAAGACACGAAGCUUUUUAUCGUAUCUGGCGCAGCCUCAGAGCAACCUGCCAUGAGCAUCACACGGCUGGAGACCUAAGCAGUCGGGUCUGGAAGAGGGGAAGAUGCCUCAUGGACCGCUCCAUCACUGCCAGUGCGCCAGUUCAGGGCAUCCCAGACGCCGAAUAACAGCGAAAUGCCGAGGUUCAGCGUCAGAUGGAUGGUUGCGCUGGUGCUGAUUCUUCUGGUCGGCGGCGCUUUCUUUUACUGCGAAUAUCUUAUUUACUUCCCGACCAUCCUCAAGUGCGCCUGGCCGAAGAUCAACCAUGCACGGGGGGGAGAGGGCACUGACGGCCGGCCGAUGGACUCAGCGGUCCGCGCUAUGGUGCUGUCGGACACCCACCUCCUCGGAGCCGUCGGGGGACACUGGUUCGACAAGCUGAGGAGGGAAUGGCAGAUGGAGAGGGCUUUCCAGACCGCGCUGUGGCUGCUCAGGCCCGAAAUAGUGUUUAUUCUCGGGGACAUCUUUGACGAAGGCAAGUGGAGCUCAUCGGAGCACUGGGAGGACGACGUGCGACGCUUCCACAGGAUGUUCAGACACUCCGCUGAUACCGAACUGGUUGUACUGGUUGGCAACCAUGACAUCGGUUUUCAUUACGAGAUGGAAUGGUUCAAGCUGCAGCGCUUCGAGAAGGUCUUCAACGCUUCCUCCACCAGGGUCGUCACCAAGAAGGGAGUCAACUUCCUGCUGGUAAACAGCGUGGCCCUUCACGGAGACGGGUGUCCCAUCUGCCAGUCGGUGGAGAAGGAGCUGAUCAAACUCUCCAGAGACCUCAACUGUUCUCUUCAGAGUUCACAGUCGGGCAGCUGUGAGGACGCGCAGCUCUACCCUCCCACCCCCCCCAUCAUGUUACAGCACUAUCCUCUGUUCCGAGUGAGCGAUGCUGGCUGCACAGGCGUGGAUGCUGCGCCGCCUCAAGAGCGACACCUGCUGUUCAGAGAGAAGUAUGACGUGUUGUCGAAGGAGGCCUCACAGAGGCUGCUGCAGUGGUUUAAGCCCCGCCUCGUCCUGAGUGGACACACCCACAGCGGAUGUGAGGUUCUCCAUGACAACAAGUACCCAGAAAUCAGCGUGCCGUCCUUCAGCUGGAGGAACAGGAACAACCCCAGCUUCAUCAUGGCCUCGGUGUCCCCCGGCAGCUUCGCCCUGUCCAAGUGCUUCCUGCCGGAGGAGAGCACGGUGAUCGGCGUUUACUGCUCGGCCGGCGCCGGCAUGCUGCUGCUGUUCCUGGCUCACUGUCUGUGGAUGAAAGGCCUGCUGCAGUGUCUCAGCCUCUGCCUGCUGGGGAAGCACAAGUAUCUGUGAACUACAAUACCCAGAGUGCACCGGGACAGAGCCACGAGAGCCACAUCGAUACUGGAUGUGAGGAUUUUGUGACGUUCUCCCUCGUCAGAACGGACCUAGAUUUGUUUGUCCAAAUGUUUAAAGGGACUGAGAAGGAGUAUUUAUUUUUAAAUGUCUUAAAGGGACGAUCACGUCAGAUAUUGAUGAUGUGAUUAUAGCCUGUGGUGACGAAACAGAUGUCGGGGCCAAAUUGUUGUUCCAAAUAAUCACCGGUGUUUGGUUUGACCUUCAUCGGGAGGGCCAGACGGAUGGAGUCUCCGAAAAGAAAGAUUUUCAAUCAUAGAAAAGUAACAGUUUUCCUGUGACUGGCGUAAUAAUUAGAAAGCACACACACACACACAAACACAGGUGACAUCGAGUUUGACAAUACACAUCAGUAGGCUACAUAUUUAAAUACUAUACUGUCUGAUUUCAGGUAGUAAAGUCACAUUGAUGUCUCUUCACUCGUCAUCUCUCACUCUGUCGUUGAUGUCCGAUCUUCCAUUCAGGUUUCUUGCUGUUUUUAUGAUGCAUAUGUGAAUAUAUUUAUUGCUGACUUUGUGCCAAAUGUUUGUGAGGAGCUUUGCCAAUUUGUUGGAACAUUUCUGAUGAACUGUAAAUAAUAAAUGAGAAUCUAAAGUU